AUUAAUUAGACAAGCAGAAGGUCAAGUCAAAAAUAGAAGAAGAAAAAAAUUCUUAUGGAUGGAAAUCUAUCUCAAAGCGCGACUCCAUCGCAUCCGCCUGUUGCCGAUAACCAAAAAUGCCAUAGCUAUCAACAAACCCAGUUUUCAAAUACCCUAAACAAACCAGCGCAUUCCCUCCCCGGCCUCAUCACGAAGUUAACAAUGGUCCUCUCUGUAAAACUCUCUCUUUCCUUCCUCGUUCUCGCCCCCCUCCUGGCCCUUGCGAGCUCUAAAUCAAAAGAUAGAAGCUACAUCAACAAGAACGCCAUCGAUCGAUGCUGGAGGAACGACCCUCAUUGGGCUAGCGCGAGAAAAGACCUCGCUUGGUGCUCAAUAGGGUAUGCAGGAAAGAUGAAGAAGCUCGCUGGAUCAGGUGUCAAAUACUAUGAAGUGACCGAUUCAAGCGACGAUCCGGAGAAGCCUAAGGAGGGCACGUUGCGUUACGGGGCUACGACGAUCCCUGGGAAGGUCUGGAUUACUUUCAAGAGUGACAUGACGAUCAAGCUCAAAAUUCCGAUCUUUAUUAGCAACCUGACGGCUAUAGAUGGACGGGGUGCGACUGUUCAUAUCGCCGGUGGGUCUGGAUUGGUCGUCGACAAGGGGAGCAACGUAAUAAUCCACGGGCUGCACAUCCACGACAUACAGUCGACGUCGUCGGGCAAAGUGAUGAUGCCGGCCGGCCGCGUCGUCUCCAUCAGCAGGCAGGAUCUCGACGCCAUCAGCAUCAAGACAUCCACGAAAGUGUGGGUCGACCACAACACGCUGUACAGGGGGAAGGACGGGCUCGUGGACGUAACGCACGGGUCGAGGAGGGUGACCGUCUCCAACAACCUGUUCAAGGAGCACGACAAGGUCAUGCUCCUCGGCCACGAUGACUCCUUCGUUCAGGACAAGGAGAUGAGGGUCACGGUCGCUUACAACCAUUUCGGGCCUGACUGCAGGCAGCGUAUGCCGAGGAUCCGACACGGCCGGGUCCACGUCGCCAACAAUUACCAUGAUGGGUGGUACGAGUACGCCAUUGGUGGGGGUGCCAAUCCUACCAUCAUGAGCGAAGGCAAUUUGUAUAUUGCCACCGACCGCCCGGAUCAUAAAAAAGUCGCGUGGAGAGAAUCAGGCCAUAACUGGCAUGUGAAAUCCGUCGGAGAUGUAUUUGCAAAUGGAGCCGUCUUCUCCCUUCAGGCAACCGACGAAAACACAAAGCCUCCGUACGGUCAAAAGCAGAGGUUCGACGUUGGAAGUGGAAAUGAUGUGCCGGAGAUAACAAAAGAUGCAGGGGCUCUCUCCUGCAGCACUUCGAAAUUAUGCUAAGCAUUGUGGGUUAUUUAUUAUAACGUUAAUCUCUUAUAAACCAGUUGAAUCAUGCUAAUUGUAUUAUAUUGCUGUUUUUACUUUUUAUUACUUCCAUGCGUUUACUGUAAUGUUGAUUUUAUUUAUUCCGUUAAGGGUUUCAAGAUGAAA